GGACAAGCACCAGCGCCGGGCGGAGAUCGCGAGGCAGGUCGCGGAGGACUGGAAGGGCGAGGGAGGAACGCCAGAGGCUCCUGCUGAGGGGCAGAUGCGCCGGGCGAGUGUGGGCAGGCGGCUGGGGACUGCGCUGCACCGCCGUCUGCGAGGAGGGGUCCGACCUCUGCGGCGCCCACGCGCAGCGGGGGAGGUGGAAGACCCACGGGAGGAUCACUGGCGGGCUGCCGCCGGCCAAGCGCGACGAGAUGGCGCACCAGCAGCAGAAGCUCGUGGCCGCGGGCAAGAUGCCGCCGGUGCGGGAGGGCGCCACGAUUCUCGUGCCCAUUCCUGGCUGGCCCGAGACGCAGCACUUGGCGGAGGCCAUGAAGGCCUACGGCGCCUUCCGCGGCAAGAAGGCGAGGUGACCGCGCGGGAGCCCGCGGCCGCGGCCCGCGGGGACGACGCAACGCCCCCUUGCGGACACCGGCGGCUCAGGGGUGCCAUCCCGCGGGGCACGCGCGGGCCUGUGCGCGGCAGUGCAGGCGGGGGAGCGCGCUGCGCGGCCACUGCUUGCCAGCAGUGGCCCCUGCCGUGGACGAAAA